UGCCCAUAACAACUCUUCCUCUGUUCUUCCACUAUUUUUCUUUAUCUUUCCAUUAAAUUCGGGUGUCAGUUUCAGGUUCUCAAAGUUUUUCAAGCUUGUUUAAGGUGUCACAAAUCCAUUGUUUAAACAAAAUCAGUAUGGAGUAUGAAAACCAGUACCGUGAUGUCCCAGAAGCAAAAUAUGAAUGCCUUCUCUUUGAUGUGGAUGAUACCCUUUAUCCUCUGAAUUCUGGUUUGUCCAAAGCAUGUGCCACCAAUAUUUUAGAUUUUAUGGUUCAAAGGCUAGGGAUAGAAGAAAACAAAGUUUCAGAGAUAAAUGAAGUCCUAUACAAAAAUUAUGGGACAUCCAUGGCAGGCCUCUUGGCUGUUGGCUAUAAAUUUGACUAUGAUGAUUACCACAGUUAUGUUCAUGGAAGAUUACCCUAUGGGAACCUAAAACCUGAUCUUGUCCUCAGAAAUCUUCUACAAAGCUUGCCGAUCCGCAAAGUUGUCUUCUCUAAUGGGGACCAAGUCCACGUGAAUAAAGUUCUAAAGAAGCUUGGAUUGGAGGAUUGUUUUGAGAUGGUUAUAACUUUUGAAAUCCUGAAUCCCACCAGCACUGAGACUCCUGUUGUUCAUAAUCACCCUUCUGGCUCAGAAUUUCCGGAUACUCCAAUUGUUUGCAAGCCCUUUGAAAAUGCAUUUGAAAGGGCCUUCAAAUUAGCCAACAUUGACCCUCAAAAAACACUCUUCUUCGACGAUAGCACCAGGAACAUACAAACUGGAAAGAGAAUGGGACUUCACACUGUCCUAGUGGGAAGUUCACACAGAACAAAUGGUGCAGAUUAUGCAUUAGAUAGUAUACACAAUAUGAGGGAAGCACUGCCAGAGCUGUGGGAAGAAGCAGAUAAGAGAUCAGAAAGUGCGAUGCACCAUUCUGGGGAUAUUGCAAUUGAAACAACAGUCCAGGCCUAGCUCAACCUCAACCUCAACCUCCUUCACCAGUUCUCCUUUUCUUCUCUGUUGUUCGUCUACCAUUUUCUAUAUAUAUAUAUCCUGUUAAGUAGUAAAAAUAAAUAACCUAACCUACCUGUUGAAAACUUUCAACCCUUAGAAAUGGGUAGAAAGGAUUUGACAAACCACCACACCCCCCCACCCCAAAAAAAAAAAACAAGGGCAGUAUCCCUUGAUGUAAAAUUCAGUUUUAAUGAAUAAAUUAUGACUUUUUCA